UUGAAAUUUAAUCAAUUAGCAUAGUAAAAUAGAUAGAUAUAUAGAUAUUAAACACCAAAAAUGAUAAGAUUGAAAAAGGAGAAGCUAUUUGUCAACUUACUAAAAUUGGACAGACAAUAGCUUAUUAAUUAGAAUAUAAUAUCUGAAGAUGAUUUCAUCUUCUAAAAAGGUAACGAAGAACAGCUUAAUCUAUACUUAUCUUUAGCUUUACUGACAUCUUGCAAUUAUCUACCAGCAAAUAUAGUAGUUGAUUUGAUGUAUGAAAUUAUUUAAAAAAAUUUUGUACUCGAUAAAGCUGAUAUAAUGGAGUUAAUAAAGAUAAUUAGAUAAGUAGGAGAGUUUUCUCUCAAUGAUGAUGACCAGCUUUAGGUUGAAUUAGUUAUAUAAAUGCUCUUUAACAAAAAAAAUGAUCAACUUUACUACUCUAGUUUGAGAUUACCUCUUAUUACUUUUAAGAAGGCAAAGAUAAAAGCACUAGAUUUAAUUAAUAAGAUGCACGCUCACUUAGAGAGAUAUAACUAAAUUUAAGAAUUUGAAAGUAAUGCUUAGCCUGGUAUGUAAAAUGGCUCUAGUGUCUCUUCAAGCAAGAUCUAAAAAAAAUAAAAAAACUUUUUAUCUUUUAAUUUUAAGAUAUACCAAAAGAAAAUGAUUUCAGACAGUCAAUCUUAAGAAUCUUAAGGGUUAUUCCCUCCCAUUUUAGAUGGGAUAUUUGAAAGGAAAGUUGUUUUGCAGCUCUUCCCUGACGAGGAAAAAAGCUUGAUUAAAUUUCCUAAUAAAAUUGGAGAAGCUGGCUAACAGCCAAAUCAAAGAAGAAUCUAACUUCCUAGAGCUUUUCAGUAAUACAUGAAUAGUGGCAACAUAAGAAUAGGAGAACAAAACAAUGCAAAUUAAGAAGAAAACAAGUAAGAUGAAGAAAGAAACCAAUCUGAUGAUUAAUCUGUAUAGAACAUUGAAGACAUUUAAAACAUAUCAAAUUAAUUGAGUUAAGAGUUCAUAAGAUAAAAAUCUCAAUUAGAUAAUUCUUAAAGAUAAAUUAGAGUUUAAAGAGAUGUGGACGACGAAGAGGAAGAAAAAAAGGAGAACCUCUAAAAUUCUUUGGCAUAAAAAGAAAGUAAUAUAUUUUAAGAGCAAACAAAAGAAGAGCAACAACAAGAGAUAAAAUUGAUCAAUCAAGAAUCUUCCUCGAGAUUGCUUGUUGAACCAUAACUAAAGUUAAAAUCAGCUUCAUAAAAGAAAUAAGAAAAACAAUUAUAACCUCAAUCAGCAUCUUCAGAAGUAAUUUUAUAAUAAAUACUGAAUAAAUAUGAAAGAAAACAAAAAUCGAAUAUAGAUGAAAAUUAAAUUAAGCAAAAUGAAAAUAUGCCCAAAAAAUUAUGGAAACCUCUUGACUUGAUUGACUGUUUGUCUUAUUAUUAGAAAUAUGAAGAGUAAGAAAGAUAAUUGGAAAGUUAAUUGAAAAUUAAUACGAAUGAGCUCAAGAAGAUUUUAAAAAAACAGUGGGAUACCAUUUAUGAUGUUUGCUUUAAAGCAAUUUACUUUACUAAAUUGAUUAAUUCAUAAUCAACAGAAGAGCUGAAAUCUUUUUGCGAAUAUUAUAUUUUAAAGAAUUACUUUAAUGUAAGAUUAGACCAAGAAUAUUAAUUAUCUUAAAAUUGCCAAAUUAUGGUCUAUGUUGCUAUUUUGCUUCUUUAUUUCUUCAGCAACGAGACUUUCUAUAAGAUUUUUAUAGGGAAUAUUUUAAGUAAAAUGAAAAGCCUUGUGGUAGAUUAAGCUUAUGAAUUUAACUAUAGCAAGAUGGCCCCUCGAGACUAGGAAUAAUUUUUAGUUUUCUAGAUGCUGCUGCUUUUUGAUAAUCCUCAGUAUCUUUAUGAUCUUUUAAUUCACAGAAAUAAAUUCGUGGUGAGAUUUAUGAACAUUUACAUGAAGUCAAUUUAUAACAUUUAAUUAGAUAUAAAAAGCGAGUUGGAUUUUUUGUUGAAUAUUAAAUUACCAAAUGAAUAAAAUGAAUUCUAAAAAAAGCUUUGUGAUGACUAUUUCAAGUUAAUAUUGUACAGUGAGAAUAAUGAACUGGCAUUAAACAUGCUUACAGUGCAAGUAAUAUCAAACAGUCAAAGUAUUCUUGAUGUUGAGUAAUUUAUAGAGAAUUCAACUUAAAAAUAAGGCUAAAAAUCAACUUGGACAGAAAAAAUUGCUUAAAUUAAAAAACUUUAUGAUGAAAAAUUCUCCAUAGUUAAUUUCGAAUGCAUUCCAAAAAUUCAUAACAUUAGUCAAGUUAACUUGUAUUCUUAAUUAGCUUAAAAAAUAGAUUAAAAUUACAAUUAAUUCAUCCAAGACGCAUUAUUUUAAAAUUUAAAAUCCCUUAAGCUUUAUUAAACAAACAAAUGCCCUAACUUCUCUCUCCAAUUUAUACCUUCUGCCGAUGAUUUCUUAGACAUGAAAAACGAUUUAUCUGAAGUAAUUUAAUAAAAACAGUAAAGUCUUUAUGAAGAAAAAUUUGGAAAAAACACAAACAAGAUAUUCUAAGAGUUUAUUAAAGUUAAAGACGAAGAAGAAAGAGAUUCACUCAAAGUUUAAUAUUUUCCUAUCAUAUUUUAUGAAUAUUAUGAAUUAAUUCUUAAAUCAUAAAUGUGA